UCGAAGCAGUUAAGUUGUUGUUUUGUCGAUGUGAACACACACGCACAUAUGUGCAUAUAAUUUUGGAACCCUUAGGUGCCGACAGAAGCCUGACGGGAACUUUAGCCGUGCUGCGUAUUUACGACGAGUUGUGAAACGAAUUAGGCACAAAAAAGCUGAGAUAAUUGUCGCGCAUAAAAAGUUUUGUAGGCGCGCGUUUUGAAAUAGAGCUGUGCAUGGAUAGCAGACUGAAAAUUGUGCAAUUCAUAAGUGAAAUCUCUGACAAGUCGGCAUAAUCAGCCGUUAUAAAAUCCAGACAGCAACAAAGAUGGCGCAAGAAACGACAAUAAAUGAAAAUAAUAACAAUCACAAUGGUCACAUACAUGAUCGAUCCACUUCGCCACAUCUGACUAAGUUAAUAAUACCAAUAAAUGGUGAUAAGUCCACUUUUGAUAAAACCUAUAAUACCCCAGUUGCCGAUACCCAUGCAACGAAACAGAAGAAACCGAAAAAGAAGCGUCGCGACAAAAGUGAUCUGGGCGAUGAUUUCGUAGCGCCCGAUGGUGGCUGGGGUUGGCUGGUCACCGUCGCUAGUGGCGUUGCUGUGUUGGUGACAUUUGGCUUGGCCCAACAGUUCGGCAUUAUCUUCCGAGAUUAUAUGUACGGUAUUGGCAUCACCAGUUCGCAGUUGACGACGAUCAUCAACACGCAGAUUGCCGUUUCCGCAUUAACAGGUCUACUCAAUGGACCCCUCUUUAGACGCUUUACAUAUCGCCAAGUGGCAUUCGGCGGUUCAACGCUCAUCUUCAUCGGCAUGUUUUUGUCAGUAUUUGCUCAAUCAUUCCUUUUCUUUUUGAUGUCUUUCUCAUUCUUCUACGCCUUCGGUCGUGGUCUCAUGGUAUCGGCGUCUUCGAUGGCUGUUAACACUUUCUUCAAAGUGAAACGACGCACUGCCACCUCUUAUCAGUUCGGUGUAGCCGGUAUGGGUCCAAUUAUAUUGCCACAUCUCGCCACUUUUCUCACACAAGCUGUGGGUGUGAAAGGCACCGUGCUGAUCUUCUCUGGCCUCUCGCUGCAUAACUUUGCCGCCUCACUGAUUUUCCAACCCGUACAAUGGCAUGUGAAAAAAGUUAGAGGAGACGCUGAGGCCUUACGCCCAGGUUCGCAGCACUUUGAAGAGGAAGAGCCAGAACAAUUUGUCGAACCCGACACGCACAGUUUGGCACGCGCCAAUGACGGCUGGUACGGUUCCCGCACAUCCAUAAAUACGCUUAGCCAACGGCAUCGUCUCAGCACUGGCGACAGCGUGCAAAUGCAGAAACUACGCCGGUUAAGCAGCGUUGGCGCUGGUAAAGGAAAACAGCGCUCCUUUUCGACCAGCGAGAGCAUUAAGGAGGAUGAGCUCGAGCAUUUGCAUAUGGGGUUGCCCACUAAACUGGAUCAUUUGGAUGAGGGACAAGUGGCCGUGCCGUAUAGGCAACAGCCACAACAAUUUUCGGUGAAGGAAGAACAUUACUUAACCCCCGAAAAGACGUUACAGGAAAUGCUAGAUGAAGAAGAAGAGGCACGCCAAAAACUACCAUUCCUACAAAAGGUGAUAAUUUUCUUCGAUUUGGAUUUGUUGCGCGAUUUCACAUAUGUCAAUUUGGCAAUGGGCAUGACAAUAAUCAACUUCGUGGAAAUCAAUUUCGCCAUCUUAACGCCGUUCAUUCUCUCCGAUUUCAAAUUUACAAAUACACAAAUCGCAGUCGCCAUGUCUUGCCUGGGUGUGUGCGAUGUCAUACUGCGUUUCCUCACGCCAUUGCUAACCGCCAAUAUACCCUUGAGCAAUAAGAAUUUCUUUAUUAUCGGCAUUUUGGGCAUGUGCUUGGGACGCGUCUUUCUCAUAUACUGCCGUUCAUUCUAUUGGUUGAUCGCGACUUUUGGCUUCUUGGGCCUUUUCAAGGCAUUCCGCACCAUCUUUGCACUUCUAAUCAUUCCCGGCUAUGUGCCAUUGAAGCGUUUACCGGCCGCGGCGGGUCUUCAAUUGCUCAUGUCCGGCAUUUUCUCGCUGGUUUUUGGACCAAUUGUUGGUCUUAUACGCGACGCCACCGAUUAUGGCGUCACUUUGCAUGUUCUUAAUGGUCUUAAUAUUAUAGCUAUCGCAUUAUGGAUAAUCGAAGAUCUCUUGCAUAAGAAAAAGAAGCCAACGCUAGCUUAGAAAAUAUGCCUAAGAAUAUGUAUAAAUUUAAGUGCCAUUGUUGUAUCGUUCCUACCGCGAUUAAGUUUAUCCAUUAGCUCAUAAGCAUAUAUAUGUAUAUGUAUGUAAUUAAGUGAAAGCGAUAACCCACAGCUCUCAGUUAUGGCUGGAGAAUCAUUUAUAGACAAUUACCUUAGGUCACGUUCAACUCUUGUAGGGUCUGACUCAGCUUGUGUGUUCGCGUAUUCGUGCCUUUGCUCGUGCCAAAAAUGUGUAUACUGAUAUACGUAAAUUCACAGUUAUAAGCCUAUAAACAUUUAUUUUUUAAAAUGUUAGCUAAUGUCCGUUUAUUAAUGGACAAUUUUACACUUAAGAAAAUGUUAUAGACAGCUAAAUGAUAGUAUAAAUCUUUGUGUUAUUAUUUUACAUCAAUUGUAUAUAGUAUUUACAUAUGUAGUUGCGAA